CUCUCAGACCCCAGUCCGCUGUCCCUCAUAACCAAACACCACUUGCGUUCCAGGACUUCCCAGCGUCGCAACCACGGCUCGUACCUCGCACAAGCAAAAGGCCAUACUCGAGCGGAGGGGAAGCUGCAGAUGCUUCGGUGAACAGGUGUAACGGGUACACACAUCGGGACGGGAAGAGCACGAUAUUGUCUGCCGCCCACGCAUGCUUCCCGAACAUCUAAUCUGAAGGAAGAUUGCUUCAGAUCUUGUCAUGGAAGCGCUGGAUACCAGCAGACAAAGUGGCAUAUCAUCUAUUAUCAAUCGCGACCAAAUCGACCGUUUCAAUACCGACCGAGCAUAUCCCUCACCAGCAAACAUGGCGGCGGCCACUGCUCUUGUCAGCCCCACCACGAUAUACACGAACCAUGGUCCUCCAUAUCCCUACGCUUCAGGUUGGCCUGCUCCCUCCUCUCAUCGCGUAUCUGGACUUAUAUCCCCUCCAGGAUCACGGCGGACAUCAGAUAACAAGACGGCACCGCCGCCUCCAAUUCAAACCGGCCCUCAACAACAGCAACAGCAACAUCGGCAAUCUCUGCCGUCGAUCCAAGAAGCCCUAAGUAGCGGAAUGAAACCAAACCCAUACGCCUCACCAGUCUCCGCUCCUCUGCCUCCCUCUCAGCACCAGGUAUCCUAUCCGCAAAAUACAACCCAGUCCGUCCCUCGAACAUAUCCACCCGAACACCCUCCUUACCAACCGCAACUGGCACCAACACAACCAAGACAUGGAUCUCCGCCACAACCCAUCCACCCUCAAACGGUUACAUUUGGACGUUCUGACUCGAUACCUGCCUCGUUCCCCGAAAACGCAAGGCAUAGCACCAUAACAUCAUUACAACCCGCGCCUGGCCCCCCACCAAAUCCAUAUGCCCCUCCUCGGUUCGAACCGUCACGGUAUGAGCAAGAUUCCCGAGCACCAGAACGCAUGGCGAACGGAUACACUCACCAUCCUCCUCCACCUCAACCUCCACCGGCUUCAUACACGUUUGGCCCGGGGCCUCAGAUGCCUUCUGGACACCCUCAAGCGUACAGCCAACAGCGAUACACAUCGCACGAUGGAAGGGAGCAGAUGGAACGGUGGAAAGGAGGGAAAGAAGACGGUGCUCCUGCAUUCAGAGUAGGGCUGAAGAGGCACUUGGAUGUGUGGGACUUCGAAAACAAUCUAGCACAGAUCAACACCUCUAGCAUUGCUCUUCGCGACUGGUCCCGACUCUACCACACCAUUGCACAAGAACAACCCCGUCAGGUGGGAGUGAUGCCUGAUAGGAUGCCAAGUCUAGAAUCCUGCAAGGAGAUGCUCGAACAUUCAGAGAAGAUAGCACUCGCAGUCCGGCGGGUGCAAGACACGAUUCUCGAGCAGGAGCAUGUCAUAGCCGACCAACGAAUGCGUGAUCAAGGCGUAAAGGUAGCUGGAGAAUAUGACGACGACAUGAGCAUGUACAGUGAAGAAAGGCAAAGCCAGAGCUUCACUGUAUCUGAGGGAAAGAAGCGUCGUGGGAGAGCCGCGCCGCCAGGUCGAUGUCACAGCUGCAAUCGUGAUGAAACCCCGGAGUGGCGACGGGGACCAGACGGGGCGCGAACGCUCUGCAACGCGUGCGGUCUUCACUACGCCAAAUUGACGAGAAAAAACACGAUGAGACAAUCGCAAGGCUCGGGGUCGGCCACGUCCGUGAGACCGAAGUCCCUGGAUGACCGUGCCUCGCCAAGAUAACCAAUAUCAUCGACCCAUUUUCAAGAUGACGAAUUCUCUGUAUACCAUAUAAUAUGAUCCUCUGUUCUUACGACGUUUGCGGCCUCCGGAGAAGUA